ACUAUAUAACACCUUCACUACUUCUCUCCCUCACAUAUUCACUAGCUCUCUCACUCUCUCUUGUUUAAGCUCUCUUUCAAGGUUUUAAGGAAUGGAGGAUCGCCGAUCGAGGGUUGGUAUGUUUGAGAGAUUCAAAUUUAAGGUUCACAAUUUUGUUCGAUUGGCCACAGUCGACAGGCUUUACUCUGAGCCAUUCGUCCUCUGCGGCUAUCCAUGGAGGAUUAUUGUAUAUCCAUUCGGCAACGAAGCAGAUUACAUGUCAAUUUAUUUGGAGGCUCUUCCAUCUCCUAAUUCCAAUGAGAGAGAAAUAAGAGAUGUGAUAUUUAAGCUGAUUGUAUUUAAUCACAUUGAUAUCAACAGGUCAAUCACAAAAGAGAGUAACCAUAUAUUCAAUGAAAUGGAGAGUGAUUGGGGAUUCGCAACAUUCAUACCUUUAGCAGAUCUUCACAAUCCUCGAUCGGGUUUUGUUGUGUACGACACUUGUAUAAUUGGAGCAGAGAUUUGUGUGAACAACUCAUCAAGACAAGCUAAUCGAAGUGGUGGAGGACGUAGCAGCAGAAAUAGGGAAAUGAUACGAAGGGUAGAAGUGGAAGAAGAAGUUGAAAAUGUAGAAACGGCGGUUUCUAUUGAGGGUCCUAAUAGACAGAUGAGUGAUGUUGAAUUAUUAUUAGGGUCAAUAAGUGAACUUGUGGAAUUCAGGGGAUUAGGAAAAGUGGAAAAGGGUUUUGUUCCGCUGUUAGAACAAGUAUGCUCUCGGUAUCCUUCACUUAUUGAGUGUCAGCAGACGCGAAGCCGCAAGUUUAUUGAAUGGGCUUUCACUGCUUUGGGGAGAGUUCUUUAUUUUCUUAACACUAGAAAAGUUAAGGAUAUGAAUGAGAAAGGUUGCAAGGAUCUUCAAGUUUUGUGGGAGGAACUUCAAGCGUUUAGAUUUGAUCUUACUUGGCUAGAGCCUCAUGUUCAAUAUGCUUUAGGAAUAAGAACCUAUGUGGAGAAAGGUAUGGAAGUUGAAAAACUGAAGCAGAAUGUGGCAACUCUGGAGAUGGAAAUGGAGAGGCUAAGGUUAAAUUUGGUUGGUGCUGAGGUUGAUUUGGCCACAGCAAUAGAAUUGCUGAAUGCAGAAGGGUUCAAUGAGAAUGAUUUGAAUGUUGAACUUGGAUAUGGGAUACCAUAGACCUAGCUCAUUCAUCCCUUUUGCUGUCUUUAAAUUUAGCUAAUAAGGGACUGAUCUUCAAGAUCAUUGUCUAUCUUUCUUUCCUUUUCUUUUUUCUUUUUUUAAUUGAGGAGAGGAUAAUUUAUUAUUUUCUCCAAUUUCUGUUUUU